AUGGAUGCCUUCUCCGGGUACACUCAGAUCAUGAUGAAUCCCGACGAUCGUGAGAAAACUGUGUUCAUCACCGAUCGGGGAACAUAUUGCUACAAAGUAAUGCCUUUCAGUCUCAAGAAUGCAUGCGCCACUUACCAGCAACUUGUCAAUCGAAUUUUCUCCGAACAGCUCGGCAAGACUAUGGAGGUAUACAUCGAUGACAUGCUCGUAAAGUCUCUUGACGAGCACGACCACGUCUCCCAUUUGGAGGAGUGCUUUGCAAAACUUAACGCCCACAACAUGAAACUGAACCCUGCAAAGUGUAGAUUCGCGGUGGCAUCAGGAGAAUUUCUCGGGUACCUAGUCACGUGUCGUGGGAUCGAAGCCAAUCCUAAGCAGAUAAACGCGUUAAUAGAGAUGGUCUCGCCAAAGAAGAAACGGGAAGUCCAAAGGCUAACCGGAAGAGUCGCGGCCUUGAACCGUUUCAUCUCGCGCUCGACGGAUAAGUGUCUUCCUUUCUACGACACGCUAAAAGGGAAUAAGAAGUUCGAAUGGUCGAAGGAAUGUGAGAAAGCUUUCCAACAGCUAAAACGUUACCUGGCCACUCCUCCCGUCCUCGCAAAUCCAGUGGAGGGAGAACCCUUGUUCCUGUACAUCGCAGUCUCCACAACAGCGGUAAGCGGCGUUUUGAUUAGAGAGGAAUGCGGUGGGCAAAACUCAAUCUUCUACAUAAGCAAAACGUUACUGGACGCUGAGACCCGGUAUCCCCUGAUGGAGAAACUAGCAUUCGCAGUUGUGACAUCGGCAAGGAAACUCCGGCCGUACUUUCAGUCGCAUACCAUAAUAAUCCUCACCACCUUCCCCUUGCGAACGGUCUUGCACAGUCCGAGUCAGUCAGGACGACUCGCAAAAUGGGAAAUCGAACUCAGCGAGUACGACGUGGAGUACCGCCCAAGAAUCUGCGCAAAAUCUCAAGUACUAGCGGACUUCUUGGUAGAAUUGCCCACGGGGGAUAUGACAAACACGGAACCAGACUCAACCUGGAUCCUUCACGUCGACGGAUCAUCGUCCAAACAAGGAUUCAGGUUUGGAAUCUGGCUCACGUCUCCGACCGGCAAAGUCUUGGAACAGUCGUUCCGAUUGGAAUUCCAUGCGUCGAACAACGAGGCCGAAUAUGAAGCACUCAUCGCAGGAUUACGAUUAGCCCAUGGGCUUAAGAUCCGCAACAUUCACGCUUACUGUGACUCUCAGUUAGUCGCAAAUCAGUACAGCGGAGAAUACGAAGCGAGGGACGAAAGAAUGGAUGCAUAUCUAAAACUCGUCCAAGACCUCUCCCGAGACUUCAACCACUUCGCCCUCACUAGGAUUCCUCGCUCGGAAAACACUCAGGCGGAUGCCUUGGCCGCACUCGCAUCAAGUUUGGAUUCUGGACUAAGACGAGUAAUCCCCGUCGAGUUCAUCGAACACCCAAGCAUCGGACCACCAGUGGUCGCCAAUCUGAUUCGAGCACAAAUCAAAAAUGCUGAGGAAGUCGAAGACCCACCAGAAGAAAACAUGGAUCAGUCGGAAUACAGCUGCGACAGCCCAUGGCUAGAGCCAAUCCGAGCAUACAUAAUCAACGGAAUGCUUCCCACUGAGAAAUGGGCGGCCCGAAAAAUCAAGACCCAGGCCGCGCGAUAUGUGACGGUAGAAGGAGAAAUCUACAAAUGGAGAUUCUCCGGCCCACUCAUGGCCUGCGCCGAAGGCGAAAAACCAAGAAGAGUAAUGGAGGAGGUUCAUUCCGGAUCAUGUGGGAACCACUCCGGCAGAAGAUCUUUCGCCGUAAAAAUAAAACGCCAUGGUUAUUACUGGCCAACUAUGAUCAAAGACUAUGAGAAGUUCGCACGGAAGUGUGUAAAAUGCCAAAGGCACGCGCCGACAAUCAAUCAACCCGCAGAAGUCCUCUCGUCCAUCUCGUCUCCGUAUCCCUUCAUGCGAUGGUCCAAGGAUAUCGUCGGGCCAUUACAUGACUCGAAGCAGAGACGCUUCCUCCUGGUCCUCACGGAUUUCUUCUCAAAGUGGGUAGAGGCAGAUGCCUACGCAAGUAUCAAAGACGUACAAGUCGAGAACUUCAUAUGGAAGAACAUCAUCACCAGACACAGGGUCCCUUACGAAAUCGUGACAGACAACGGAUCUCAGUUCAUCUCAACCCGAUUCGAAGCAUUCUGCGAGAAGUGGAAGAUACGACUGACCAAGUUGACUCCCAGAUAUCCGCAGUGCAAUGGCCAGGCAAAGACCACCAACAAACCGUCCUCGACGGGUUAA